GCCUGCGUGCCUGGGAGUUCCUAUGGACUCUUCUCAUCAUGGCUCUCGUCGGGAAUAUGAUUGCCAGCGCCUUUUCUGGAAACCCGGCGACGGUCAACUACGCCAUGUUCGUCUCGGCGUUUGGGCUGCUCUCGCUGCUCUACCUCGUCCCUGCCUCGUGGAACCCGGACUGGGCCAUCCACCCGAUCAUCCUGAUCGCUCUUGACGCUCUCAAUACGAUCUUCUUCUUCACCGCUGCCGUCGCUCUGGCCGCCAAGCUGGGCGCCCAUAGCUGCAACAACAGCACGUACACCACCACAAAUGAAAUUACCAACGGUGCCCAUAACACACACAAGCGUUGCCGUGAAGCGCAGGCCUCGACGGCUUUCCUCUGGUUCGCUUGGGCCGGGUUUACCGCCUCGCUCAUCCUGUCCAUCUUCGCCAGCCGCUCCACGGGCGUCAACCUGCGAGGUGGUCGCAGACGUCCCAACAUGGCUCAGGUUUAGAUAACCUGGCAAACUAGGUACUGACUCAGUACUUGAUGAUCAGUGAUUUUAAAACCACAUCUGAGCUAUUGAGCUGGACCUGCAGAACCUGGAUGAAUGCUUCUCAUUAGGUAAACUACCUAAUGUCUCAAUGUAUGAGUUAUGUUAUGGUUGUAGGCGUUUAUUGGAGUGCCUGGAUGGAUGUAUGGCAUGUAUUAUGACCAAAAAGGGGUGGGGGC